AUGCAUCUUACUUCAAUUUUCUUGAUCGCUACCCUUCCUCUGACCUUGGGUCUUCCUCUCGAUCCCCGAGACAGCCCGACUCCGACCUCCUCUGCAUCCAUCACUUCACCCACUCCUCUCACCGCCAACCAGAUCCAAACCCUCGCCUGCCUCUGCCAAGCCUUCACCCUCAGCGGUCUCACUCAAGUCACCGGCGGCGUCAACUUCACCUCCAUCUGCGCGACCUACUCCUCCGUCACUUGCACCAGCGCAGCAAGUCCCUCCUCGACACCAGACGCAGGAACCUCCCUCCCACUAACCGGCGGCCUCACUUCCGGCCUCGGAAAUAUCGGCGGCCUCAGCAGCAUAGCAUCAGGUCUCCUAGGCAGCCUUCCCAUCGGCGCUCUUGCGAAAGAGAAACGUGACCCCGACGAUGAAGUCGUCAAGCGCCAAACAACUAGCUCUUCGACGGGCGGCGGUUUAGAUCUUGGCGGUACGGAUAUACCAGGUCUUGUCCUCGGAGCUACCGAUGUUCCUGAAGCUACGGCUGUAUUGUCAGGUGUAACGAAUGCUGCUCCAGGCUUGCUCGGUACCGCUGGUCAAGUGGCAGAGUUGGCCGGCCUUGGAUCUGUGCUUCCUCGUGAUGAUGAUGGCGAUGACGAUAAUGACGACGACGAUGAGUUCGAGGAUGCUCGUUUAAUCGCAGUCCGCGACGCGGAGCCAGAAGAGAAGAGACAAAGUUCAAGUCUUUCUGGACUCAGCGGUGCACUUGGUGGUAUAACGGGCGGCUUAGCCCCAAGCAGUAAUCCUAUCACUUCGACGGUGACGGGUCUGGUUGGAUCUUUGACGGGUGAACUUACUGGUGGCUCUAAUCCGCUUUCGAGCGUGACGAGUGGGUUGACGGGUGCUGCGGGUGGGCUUACUGGGGGGACGGGCGGGUUGCCGAUUGUGGGGAAUGGGGGGUUGGAUGGGCUGUCGGGGGCUCGUUGA